ACCCACUGCGACGGUAAUUGAAAAGAACCUGACAUUGACGAUAGUAGUAAUACUUCGAGGUCGAAGUAAGGGUAAGUCACGGUGAAGUUCUUUUCAGUCUGGCCGCUCAAUUGGUAAACUAGCUCUGUAUUUGUUAUUAAAAUUUAUCCUGCAAAAUGUCUCGUUUUGCUUGUGUUGAAAGUGCACCUCCUGUAGAAAUUUUCGCAUUAAAUAAAGCGUAUAAAGAAGAUACUUUUCCAGAUAAAGUAGAUUUAGGAAUUGGCGCCUACAGAACUGACGAAGGGCAACCAUGGGUAUUGCCUGUUGUUAGGAAAACAGAAAAAGCUAUGGCUGAAGAUGAAAGUUUAAAUCAUGAAUAUCUCGGUCAGUUAGGCUUGGAACCUUUCAGCAAAGCUGCAUCCAGAAUGCUAUUAGGUGAAGACAAUUCUGUCUUCAAAGAAGAAAAAGUUUUAGGUGUUCAGACUUUAAGUGGAACAGGUGCCUUACGACUUGGAGCUGACUUUCUAGCUCAUUGUCUUAAAUCAACAGACUUCUACAUGUCAGCUCCUACCUGGCCUAAUCAUCGAAAGGUUUUCCUUGAUGCUGGCUUCAAAAACUGCCAUACAUACAGAUACUGGAAUGCUGCUGAAAGAAAUUUAGACUUUAAAGGCAUGAAGGAAGAUCUUGAGAAUGCUCCUGAAAAUUCUGUUAUCAUUCUUCAUGCUUGUGCUCAUAAUCCUACUGGAGUGGACCCAACUCAAGAACAAUGGAAAGAAAUUGCUGAUUUAAUGGAGAAAAAGAAGUUGUUGCCUUUCUUUGAUUGUGCAUAUCAAGGCUUUGCAACUGGAGAUUUGGAGAAAGACAGUUGGGCUGUUCGCUAUUUUGUUGGUCGUGGAUUUGAACUUAUCUGUGCUCAAUCAUUUGCCAAAAAUUUUGGUUUAUAUAAUGAGAGAGCUGGCAAUUUGACUAUGGUAGUAAACGAUCCCUCUGUCCUAACAAACUGCCGUGCUCAAAUUACUUUGCUGGUGCGAGGUAAUUAUUCAAAUCCACCAGCCCAUGGUGCAAGGAUUGUUUCUAGGGUUCUUAAUGAUCCUGCACUCUUUAGUGAAUGGCAAGAUCACAUCAAAGAAAUGUCUGGACGAAUUAUUAAAAUGAGAGCAGCUUUGAAAGCAAAAUUGGACGAACUGGGUACACCAGGAACUUGGAACCAUAUUGUUUCACAAAUCGGAAUGUUUUCAUAUACUGGUCUAUCUCAAAAUCAAGUUAAGUUUCUUGUGGAAAAGCAUCAUAUUUAUCUCCCAAAGGAUGCUCGUAUCAGCAUUUGUGGAUUAAAUUCCAAAAACAUUGAGUAUGUUGCAAAGGCUAUACAUGAAGCUGUAACAACAGUUCCAAAUUAAUUAUGUUUUUAUUCAGAGUAUAAAAAUGUAUUGUUGUAUAUUAGCAGACUGUUGAACAGUAUUUUUUAGAAUUUUAGAACUCAUCUUUCUGUAUUAAGAAAGUGUUUGUGUAGUUAAAUUAUUGUUUUUAUCACGAUGCAAGCAAAAAAACAAAACAAAAAAAACUAUGAAAUUUUAGUGCUUUUAUUAUUUGAGGACACAAUAUUUAAUAUAACUUUUCAGAUAUUUCUUUCAUAUGCUCAAAAAUAAGGUUUUUUUUCCUACUCCCUGAGCAUUAAAAAAAAAAAAAGCAUAUCCAUUGAAAUUAAUAUUUACUGCUUUAUCAAAAUUGCUGUUAUUGGCUUAUAACAAAUGUAUCUUAAUCUUUUUGCAAAUUCUUUGCAUUACUUUGAUAUAAAAUAUUGAGCUUUUAUCAUGAGGCAAAACUGCACAAUUUGUGCAUAUUUAU